GGGCCAUAGCGAUGACUGAGCGGGACAGAGGUGAAAGGUGAAGAAGGCUCGAUGGAGAUAAACUAGCUGGCUGAUUGAUGCUACUCGUCUUGUGAUUAUAUUCCUGCAUCACUGAGGAAUAGAUAUAAAGAUGGCUGGCUCUUUCCUUCAAACUUCAAGGCUGUUGCUUCAGUGCUGCUCAGGAACUCCGAGCUUCCAUGUAUGCAAGUUACAUAUGACUAGCAGUAUGGCAGCAAAAGAGCACUACAAGGUUCUAGUAGUUGGUGGUGGAAGUGGUGGAAUUUCAAUGAGUGCACGAAUGAAGAGGAAAGUUGGAGCCGGAAAUGUUGCAGUCAUAGAGCCAAGUGAGAAACAUUAUUACCAGCCACUCUGGACUUUGGUUGGAGCUGGUGCAAAAAGUGUCAGCUCAUCAGAAAGGUCCACCUCCAGUGUCAUUCCAUCGGGUGUGAAGUGGAUUCGAUCCAGAGUGCAAGAGUUUAACCCAGACAAGAAUUGUGUCCGCACAGACAAAGGCACUGAGAUAUCAUAUGAGUACCUGAUUGUUGCACUUGGAUUGCAGUUGCAUUAUGAAAAGAUUAAAGGAUUACCUGAAGGUUUUAAGUAUCCAAAGAUUGGUUCCAAUUACUCUGUCCAGACAGUAGAUAAAACGUGGAAUGCCUUGAAGAACUUUAAAGAAGGCAAUGCCAUCUUUACAUUUCCCAACACACCUGUGAAAUGUGCAGGGGCACCUCAGAAAAUCAUGUACCUCUCGGAUGCCUACUUACGAAAGACUGGGAAAAGGGCCAAAGCCAACAUCAUAUACAACACUUCUUUGCCAGUGUUGUUUGGAAUCAAGAAGUAUGCUGACUCCCUGUGGAAGGUUGUGAAGAGUCGGGACCUGAACGUCAAUUUCAGACAUAACCUCAUUGAGGUUCGACCGGACAAACAGGAGGCUGUGUUUGAGAAACUAGACAACCCUGGAGAAACUGUGGUUUUCGAGUAUGAAAUGCUUCAUGUAACACCACCUAUGGGACCUCCUGAUGUUCUGAAAAGAAGCUCUUUAGCCGAUGAAGCUGGUUGGCUUGAUGUGGACAAAGACAUGCUGCAGCACAAGAAGUACCCUAAUGUGUUUGGUAUUGGUGACUGCACUAAUCUCCCAACUGCAAAGACAGCUGCAGCCGUAGCUGCUCAGUCUGCUGUUCUUGACAGGACAAUCUCAAAUCUAAUGAAGAACAAGCAGCCUGAUAAAAAGUAUGAUGGCUACACUUCAUGUCCACUGGUCACAAGCUACAAUACUGUCAUACUGGCUGAAUUUGACUAUACUGGACAACCUUUGGAGACUUUUCCUAUUGACCAAAGCAAGGAACGGAUGAUCAUGUACUACAUGAAAGCAAGUUUGAUGCCACAGAUUUACUGGCAUGGCUUGUUGAAGGGAUUCUGGGGAGGACCUGGCCCUUACAGAAAAAUAAUGCACCUUGGUUUAAAGUAGCCUGUGGAUGGCAAUGCCACAAGUGAAUUCCAUUGUCUUUGUGCUUUUAUUUUUUUUUUUUUAAUCAACAUAUAUGCACUAUACUGAUUGGCUACUUGUUUCUGUCAAGACAUAAAUGAAAAAGCUUAUCUACACAAUUUUGCUGUACAAUAUCUGUAUACUGGAAUAAGGUUUCAUUCACAUUUACCACUUUUUCUUUUUCUUUAAUAAUUGUACCUUGUGUUCUAUGAACUGUGGAGGAUAAACUUGUGAGCUAGAGUACACUUAGCUGACUGGCAAAUUAGGCAGCAUUAUGUAAACGGAAUGAAUGACAUAACUAGGAAAAUCACACAUACAUUUUGUGAGGGGAACAAUAACUUUUGUUCUUCCCUUUGGGUGUCCCUCAAAAAACUGGGUGCAUCUUUAUAGUGGUCUUCCUUUUUGAGCUGCCACCACUAUAGGUACAAAUCUCAUUUAAUCAUUUCAUAAUACUUAACAAUCUCUUACCCAUAACUUUUUACCCAUUUCUUUUUGAGUUGCAGAGCAUGAUCUAAAAUAAGAACUGCCUACAGAAAUGCCAAAGUGCACUUUUCAAUUCAUAAAACAUGUUAAACCAAAUAUAUAGGAAGGGAUGACCUAGGGGAAACUGAAGUAUAACCAAAAAUAUAAGCAAGGUCCUUACAACCCAUAGAUCUGAUUAGACACUGCUUUCUUUGUACUAUCUCACUCUCCAAAUACUGGCACAUUCAAAAUGUGUUACACUUUGCCAUUAGUCUCCUUGGUAAUUCUUCUUCUUGCACUUCCUUCCUUCCUUCCUGUUAGGUGUGCUCUUGCCCUGACUGUCCACUUACUCAAUUAGCUUCUCACAGAGAGAGAUGGGUUUUUUUUUUUU